AUGCAUGAUCUCUUAGGCUCAAUCAUCACCACUUGCGCCAACCCAGGGUCCUUGGCAUUGACCUUUGAUGAUGGCCCUUACAUCUACACAUCCCAACUCCUUGAUCUUCUCGAGGCCCAGAACGUCACCGCCACCUUCUUCGUCGCAGGCAACAACAUCGGCAAGAAGCGCAUAGACGACGCCACUACACCAUGGCCCGCCAUCUUGCGUCGGAUGUAUGGCCUCGGCCACCAGAUUGCUAGCCAUACCUGGACCCACCGCAACUUGAACGAGGUCAACAGCACUAUCCAGAGGACGGAAAUCAUCUACAAUGAGAUGGCGUUCCGAAACCUCUUCGGCUGGAUUCCAACCUAUAUGCGCCCCCCAUUCCUUGAGUGCAACGCUGGCUCGGGCUGUCAAACUUUGAUGAGAACUCUAGGGUAUCAUAUCAUCAAUGUCAACGUGGAUACCAAGGACUACGAGAACGAUUCUCCGACCUUGAUCCAGGUUAGCAAGGACCGCUUCUCCAAUGGGGUCUCGACAAACGCGGCCGCUAAUAGCUAUAUCGAGCUGUCCCAUGAUGUCCACUAUCAAACUGUGGUCAACCUGACCCAGUUUAUGAUUGACACUGCAAAGGAGCGUGGCUACCGUCUGGUGACCGUGGGCGAGUGCCUCAAUGAUCCCAGGGAGAACUGGUACCGCACAGCUGGUGGCGCACUUAGCACCGGAAGCACAGCCUCGACCACGGCGUCUCGCGCCACUGCGUCCUCUACCCUGAUCGUGUCUUCUCGAGCGUCAACAUCCUCCGCUCCUGCGGCUACGGGCAAUGUUUCGCCGGACCAAACCUGCGGUGGCACCACUGGUUACACAUGCUUGAACUCUGCGUUCGGAAACUGCUGCUCUUAUUAUGGAUUCUGGUAA